AUGCCCAUUGCGCCAGAAGGGCCGACCCGCAGCAAGAAAAACAUCCGGCGGAAAGAGAGGCAAGAAAGCAGCGUCACAGGGACGAGGCAGAGAAACGGGGCGAUGAACACCCUAGUAAUACGGAGGAGGAGGGAGGAUGAGGAGGAUGCGGAGGAAGAGGAGGAUAAAGAGGAUGCGGAGGAGGAUGACAUGGAUGUUGGGGAGGAUGAAAAAGAUGAGAAUGAUGGCGGGGAGGACAAAGAGGAGGAUGAGGAUAAGGAGGAGGAGGAGAAGAGGAGGAGGAUAAGGAGGAGGAGGAGGAGGAGGAGGAGGAGGAGGAGGAGGAGGAGGAGGAGGAGGAGGAGGAGGAGAAACAGGGUGACGACGAGGAUGAGGAUGACGACGAGGAGGAGGCAGCAGAGGAGGAUGAGGAGGAGGAGGAGGAGGAGGAGGAGGAGGAGGAGGAGGAGGAGGAGGAGGAGGAGGAGGAGGAGGAGGAGGAGGAGGAGGAUGUGGCGCCAGGAGCAGAAGGGGGUGGAGGAGGAAAGGGUGGCCGCGGCAAAGGUGUUCCAGUGGGUACCGGCAAGAAAGAACCUGCCGGUAACGUCGCAGCGUCCGCCAAAGCACCCCGCGGAAAGGUGGUAA